AUGGGCAAGAAGGUGCCCAAUUUCAAGUAUCGGGCAGGCAGCAGCCUGCCCAAGCAGAUCUGGCUGCCCGCCGCGGAGCCAGCUGACGGCUCGGAUGGCGCCUCCGUCCUGCUGUAUGCGGAUCCGGCGCUUGACAAUCUGCUGCACCUGCACGGGCGCAAGACGAUCACAGCCAAGCAUGGCGCCAACGGCAACCCGGUGGAGGGCAGCGGGGGGCCCAGGAGGCGUGGAAAGCAGGCAGCCCAGCGGACGCAGCCGCUGAGGAUAGGGGUGCCGAUGGGAACGGUGGUGAAGAGAAAAAGGGGCGGCGCACUUCUAGGGGAGCUAACAAACCCCGGAGAAAUCCUGCUGGUGGCCCGCGGCGGCAAGGGCGGCCUCGGGGUCGUGCGGCCGGCCGCGCAGCCGGUAGCCAAGGGCAGGGGAAAAUUCCUGGACGAGGGGGAGGGAGUUGUGGCGGACGAUAAUUGGGCGGAGGACGCGGCAGGGGGAGCCGGGGAGGAAGUCAGCCUGCAGCUGCUGAUGCGCGUGGUCGCUGACAUCGGCAUUGUCGGCCUGCCCAACGCCGGCAAGUCAUCCCUGCUCGCCAUGCUCACCCGGGCAUCCCCCGAGGUGGCUCCAUACCCCUUCACGACGCUGAUGCCCAAUCUGGGAGUCAUGGCAGCUGGGCAGCCUCAGGUGUGUUUCCAUGGCGAGGCCGCGCCUGUUCUGGCGGACCUGCCGGGGUUAAUCGAGGGGGCGCACGCCGGGCGCGGCCUCGGGCGUAAUUUCCUACGGCACCUGCGGCGCACGCGUGGAAUCCUGCACGUGGUCGACGCAUCUGCAGCGGACCCGGCGGCGGAUUAUGAAAUCGUGCGCCAGGAGCUGGCCAUGUACAACCCGCAGUACUGCGGCCGGCCGCACGUGGUGGCGCUCAACAAGAUGGAUCUGUCCGACGCGGCCGAGCUGCACCGCGAAGUCGCGCAGGACAUUCUGGCCGUCGCGCGGCGCAUGCAGGUGAGUCACUGA